CUGAAAGGUUCAAGACCCAACCGAACGCGCGAAGGAAUCAGGAAUCACUCAACCUACUGUACGCUAGUAGUAUGCAUUGGAUGGAUUCCGACCAGACUAGAGUUGUCGUUCUAUUCAUGGAAAUGUUAUCAGGAACUUCCACUACUCCAUGAAAAGUAUGCGAGCGGACUCUCCGACCCAAAGUUUUGCAAAUUAAACUAAACCUAGAACAGACCAACGUAAAUGUUUUGACUCUCGCGUUGGCUAUUCCAAUGCGAGAUUGUGGCUUCAUGGAGUCUCUGGGGGCCCUUUAUUCCUCGUUGAAAAUCUAUAAAGUGGUGCAUUCGCAUUGCGGUUCUCGAUACUCAACUCACCUUAACAUCCUUGCAUCACAACCCAGUUGUAGAUAACAUCACCAAAAUGCGCUUUAUCAUUUCCCUCCUCGCUCUUUCGGUUGCUGCGAAAGCAGCAGUCGUCGUUCCUCUUGAAUUGAGAGCAGAUAUUAAAUGCUCUACCGGUGAUGGCGAUGGUAUCUGCGUGCAGGACGAGAGUACCUGCAAGGGCAGUGUCGUUGAUGAUGGUUGCUCCACCGCCGGAUUUUCGUGCUGCGUUCCUCCUGAUGCCAAUGAUACAGGGGAUGAUGGCGACAACGAUGGGGGAGAUGAAGGCGUUGGCCCUGAUGAUGGCGACCACAUACCCGACGAUGAUGACAAUGAGCCGGCCAUUACGGCUCGCGAUUCCUCUCCCUUGCUCGUUCCGCGCAAAGACACUUGCAGUGUAAAGGUCUACAAGUUCGCUCUAAAGCAACGCGGUGUUCCAUACAAAUGGGGCGGAGGAGACUGCAAUGGUCCUACCAGAGGCGGAUUUGACAGCUCCGGUCUCACCAAGUACGCCGUGUGCCAGGCGACCAGCAAGAGGAAAGUCCUGCCGCACAGCGCCUGGCAGCAGUACAAGUCCAGAAAGUGCAAGCACAUCAAAUAUGCCAACCGCCAGAAGGGCGACCUGGUCUUCUGGAGCACGAAGUCGAGUGGAAGGUGCACCAAGGAUUCGUCGAUCAAACAUGUGGCCGUCGUGCAGAACGAUAGGUAUAUUAUUGUUGCUGGAAAGAAGGUCAAGCGCCAGAGGAUGUGGUCGGGCCAUGGCGCACACUCGUUUACGGCCUCGCAGUCCUACAAGUACCACUUCGCUAUCUACUACCUCGCCUACGGCCUCAAUAGCCUCUCAUGGGCAUCCCUCUCCAUCGCGAAUACAAUGUGGGUCACCGAAGCGUUUCCGCAGUGGGCAGCACCCGCGGUGGUAGUCGUCGGUGGCAGACUUGCCAACAAUCAAGCCAUCAAGCCGGUCUAACCCAACAUGGUAGCGAUCUAAUUUAUACAGGCUAGCGACUUACUAUAUCCGGUUAGAAUGUAUGCACGGCUGCUAGAAGCUGACAAGGAAGGGUGCUUACAUAGCGGCGAGAUCAAACUUUGGGCCAAGCUACAGUGGGACAAGGUCGGUUCAAUAGACGAAGGUCGCAAGGCCAUAAACACAGUUCUAGAGCGUCGUUGCCGAGCAUCCAUUUCAGCAGCCUUAUCUAGAGGUAUAAAAAUAUUAUUUUCUUCGUUAAAAGAAAUUUACUUAGUAAAACACGUGAUUGUAUCACGUGUCCUCUUCACACCGCUUAGUCACGAAACCUUAUUCG